GAUUGAAUAGACAAUCCGUCAAUCACACGAUGUACCGGCACCAGUCCCCACAGUGGGACAUUGAGGGAAGUGAGUGGACGGUUAGUGUGAUUGAAUGGAUGUCGGCAGGACCGGUAUCCGGCAGCGGAUGUGUGAAUAAUACCCCAGCAAGAGGUAAAUGGGUCGUGCAACUCUCUGAUCAAUCACUGGAUACCUUGGCUGCUUCUCGUCUACUGUUAAAGAGUUUACUAGAAAUGGAAAGUUUACCUGAUGCACAAAGACUGGCUGCAGAAGUUGAAAACACUCUUAUUAAAUACUACUGCAGUGGAGGGGAUGAGUGGAGAGUUGGAAAGAAAACAAAAGACGUAAUUGUUUGGAGAAAACCUUCAGAAGAAUUUGGGGGAUUUCUGUACAAAACUCAAGGGAUUGUGAAGGAGGUUCCAAACAGGAUAGUGGAUUAUAUUCGCCCUGGUCCCUAUAGGUUAGGUUGGGAUAGUCUAAUGACCUCCUUGGACAUUAUUGGGGAAUUUGAACAGCAGGGUUGUUGUUUGAUGCAUUACACCACAGCAGGGCAAUUGUGGAAUAUAAUUGCCCCAAGAGAGUUCAUUGACUUCUCCUAUACCACAGAUUACCAGAAUGGGCUGUUGUCUUGUGGAGUCAGUGUUGAAUAUGGGAAGGAACAACCUAAUUUUGUUCGUGGAUUUAAUUACCCAUGUGGAUGGUUUUGCAUUCCUUUGAAGAGUGACCCUGACCAUAGUCUCUUGACUGGCUUUAUUCAGACUGAUUUACGAGGAAUGCUGCCACAGACUGUAGUGGACACUGCAAUGGCAAAUUCAUUAGUUAACUUCUACAAUGAACUCCGGAAUGCUUUGAAAACUGAGGUAUAAACUAAAGCCAUAACUAUUGACAACCUUUUAAAGAAUAUUUUUUCUUGUAGUUCCUUGAAACGAGUUCCUUCCUAUUGUGCCAUAUGGAGCUCGGGUAGGUAAUAAGUGCAAUAUUCUUUGGCUGCAGUCAUGCUUAGUGUGUUUCUUCUUUUAAUGUUCCAUUUAUGAAUAUAAAAGCAAUAUGUAUAUAAAAGCAAAAUGACAAUUUCAAUAUAAUGAUAUUAGUCAUUUUUUACUGCCAGUGGAUUUAUUCUGAUCAAGGUGUACUAUAUUUUAAUUUCAUUAUCUGAAAUUCAAAGAACGAAAUAUUGUCAUUCAACAAAUUAAGAUCUGUUUAGACUACAGGCUGAAAGCUGAAAGGCCACAAAAUUCAAAUGCAUAGUGUCUGUAGUUUUGACACAGUGGGUGUCAGUUUGCCUCCAAAAUGGCAUCCGCAGUGUGAUUGUGCACUUUCAAUGCUGGCCACACAGGAUAUCAUUUUGAUGAGCUUUAGCUUACGCGUGCAGGGAAUGUCCACAGAAAUUAUACAGAAUUGGCAGAUCAUGAUGUUGAUCAGUGUGUAAUGCUGAUUUGCUGUCAGCAGUGUCAUUUUGAGCUCAACACUCCAAGUAACCUCUUAACUUCACACAACAGAACAUAUGUUCAGCAGCAGGAAGAACCUUCCAUUAGCAUUAUUUAAAGGAAUCAACUGCUUUCAGGUUAGACUGUCCUGGCUUCAAGGAUUCUUCACAAACCACUUGUCCCUAGAAAUGAUGCAUUCUUUGCAUCGUCCUUGGCAUAACCAGGGGAAUGAGGAGAGGCAGCACAAAGUAGACAGAAGGGCUCUUAGCAGGAGACCAUACUUGCCCAAAAUGUUCAGGGACCAAUUCUCCUACCUGAACCUCAGACAUCUCUGCUCUACUAAGGAUGUCCUCAGUGAAAUCUGCUACCUGCUGCACCCACAACUACAACCUCAAAGCAGGGUGAGGAUGACAUUGCCAGUGGCUGUGAAAGUGACCAUGUCAGUGAACUUUAAUGCCCUAGCUCUUCCUGGAACUUUCAACAUCUCCCAGUCUGUCUUAACGCUGUUGACAAAGGAAAACUACUGAGGCUUUGUAUUCCACUUCUACAAUGAACUCCUAAAUGCUUUGAAAACUUGGGUCUAAAUUAAAACAAUAACUAUAGACAACCUUUUAAAGAAUAUUUUUUCUUGCAAUUCUUUGAUACAAGUUCCUUCCUACUGUGCCACAGAGCUCAGGUAGAUAAUAAGUGCACUAUUCUUUGGCUGUGGCCAAAUUCUCACUUGCCAGAGAGAAACAGGUUGAGAGAGCAGGCAACUUCAUGAGGAUUGUUCAAGUUGGCAUUGACAGUACACAUGACACUUUACUACUUUGUUACUACACAAGUUAAGAUUACAUGGUGUAGGGAAUAACAUAUUAGCCUGGGUAAAGG